AUGACGGGCCGGUUCGGGGCUGCUCUCGCGCUCGUCACCGCGGCCGCGCGCCGCGACUGUCGCUGCGAGGACCUGGCGCUCGCGCGGCGCGCCCCGGUGCCGCGGCGCGUGGUCGUGCCGGCGGCGUUCGCGUCGCGGAACCUCUCGAGCCAGGUCGCGCUGCUCAAAGUGCCCGAGACGGGGUCGUCGACGGCGGCGAACGUCUUCGCCGAGCUCGCCGCGAAGUUCAAGCGGCCGGCCUGGGUGUCGAUGCGGCCCGGCGAGUUCGAGCGCGUCGUCGCGGCGCCGGCGCGGACCGCGCCGAAGUGGGCGCUCGGCCACCGCGGCUGGGGGCCGUGGCUCCGCGACCACUUCGACGAGCGUGUCGUUGAUCUCGCAACGACGGCGCGCGCGCCCGCGGCCCGCCUCGCGUCGAGCGCCGAGAAGCGGCUCCUGCGCGGCGAGCCCGCCGACUGCGAGCGGGGCGCCGGCGUCGCGCUCAAGUUCUGGGGCGUCGACGCACAAAAGGGCCCGGCGGCCGGCGCGCGCCACUUCCUCAAGGUCUUCGACGACGUCGUCGUCACCGAGCGCUACAACGAGUCGCUCGUCGCGCUCGCGCUCCGCCGCCGCCUCCAGCUCGGCGACGUCCUCCCGCCGCUCGCCAAGUACCACGGUGGCGGCGGGCGCGCGGGGGCGGCGGCGCGGACGCCGACGCGAGCCGAGGCGGUGCGGCGCUGCGCGGCGACGGCGCGCAGCGGCUCCGCCGAGCUGGCCGUCGAGCGCGCGAUCCACGCCGCCGCGUCGGCGCGGCUCGACGCGACGCUCGGCGAGCUCCGCGAACGCGGCGUCGACGUCGACGCGCUCCUCGCGGCCUUUGCCGAGCACCUCCACGCCGCCAUGACGUCGGGCGCGCGCCACGUCGCCAAGGCGCUCGGGCGGCCGACGUCGCCGGCGACCGGUGCCGACACGCUCAUUAUGAGCCUCUGCUUCCGCCGCUGCGCCAUCGCGGCGCUCGAUCGCGCGGUCGUGCUCGAGUAUCCCGGACCCGAGGCGCCGCGCGCCGGGCGCGCCCGUGGCUGGCUCCGGCGCGGCGCCGACUAG